UAAUAAGUCUUGAGUUGAACGCAAUUAAACAUUGCAGUUGAGAAGAAACACGCUCAUGUACUUGUAACUGUAUGCAUGUAAAUAUUUUAUAUUCAUUGAUAAAUUUAAUUUUAGAUCGACACAAUUCAAAAAUUGCAACGACAUGGUCAAAUUUCAUAAGAUCAGCAAGUCAAAACGCUCAGAAACCCAAGACGGCUAUCAUCAUGUUAAAUAUGGGUGGACCACAAACGACAGAUCAGGUGCCGGACUAUCUUCUCCGCAUUAUGACGGAUCGUGAUAUGAUACAACUGCCUGUACAGAGCAAACUUGGACCGUGGAUAGCGAAACGAAGAUCAGAGGAAGUCAAGAAGAAAUAUAUGGAAAUUGGCGGUGGUUCACCUAUUUACAAAUGGACCGAUUUACAAGGAAAACUCCUAACGGAAGCUCUGGACAAAAUGUCACCAGAAACAGCGCCCCACAAGCACUACAUAGCGUUUCGAUACGUGCCACCAUUCACGGAUGAAACACUAACUGCUGUUGAGAAAGAUGGCGUUGAAAGAGCUAUAAUAUUUUCCCAGUACCCUCAAUACAGUUGUGCGACAACGGGUUCUAGUUUAAAUGCGAUUGCAGAUUUUUAUAAGAACAGAUCAUUACCAGACAUAAAGUUUACACUGAUUGAGCGAUGGGCGACAAAUCAUCUUCUAGCCAAAGUUUUCGCGGAGAGGAUACAAGAAAAACUGCAAUUAUUUGACGCAAAAAUAAGAGACCAGGUGUUGAUAAUGUUCACAGCGCACAGCUUACCCUUAAAGGCCGUAUCCCGUGGCGACACCUACCCUCACGAAGUCGCAGCAUCCGUAUCAGCGACGAUGAACCAGCUAUCUGUUCCAAAUCCACACAGAUUAGUAUGGCAAAGUAAAGUAGGACCGCUACCUUGGUUGCAACCAUACACCGAUGAUGCUAUAAAGGCGUACGCGAAAAAAGGCGUCAAGCACAUGAUCCUAGUUCCAAUAGCGUUUGUCAACGAACACAUAGAAACGUUGCACGAAUUGGAUAUAGAAUAUUGUGAUGAAGUCGCUAAGGAGGCUGGUAUAAAGCAAAUAGAACGCGCAGCGGCUCCGAACGAUCACCCCACCUUUAUAGCAGCGAUGGCCGAUGUCGUCGCUAAGCAUAUCAACGAAGGACACAGUGUGUCAAGGCAGUUUUUAUCGAGAUGUCCGCACUGUGUUAGUGAAAGGUGCAAAUCAUCAAAGGAGUUCUAUAAGAAAUUAUGCAAUUAUAAAGAAAAUGAGCCGGAAUUAGCGACAUCGACAGUAUAGAAAAAAAAUUAUUAAAAAACGUCAAUUUGCUUAUAUUAGGGCCUGUUACACGGGUUGUGGAUGACACUAUUAUUUUGAUGGAUGACAGUAUUCAACAGAUAAAAGCGUAUGGUUUUGUUAUUCUUUUGUCAUGCAAUAAAUGGUAUAGUUUAUGAAUUGAGGUGUAACAGGUCAUAAUGGCCCAUUCUACCUCCUGCUGUUAGUCUUUUCGUAAGUUAUGUGCUGGAUAAACUUCCGCAACCGGUGAAACCGGCCUUGAGAAUUAUUUAUUAUGACAUGUAAAUUAUUAUCGUAUAUUUUUGGCAGUUUUAGGAAAUCUUCGAUACUGCUCAAUUAUACAUGGGCGUACUCAGAAUAUUGUUAAGGAUAGGGGCAAAAACAAAUGAACGUACAAAAUAUAUAAUUACAUAAUAGUGAAUUGAACAUUAUUUUUAUUAAACUACAAUUUUUUGUCAUUACUAUCUAAGAUUAACUUUGCGUGGGUUAAUCAAAUUUGAUUUUCAUCCGAAAAUCACUCGACCACAAGCAGCCUAUGUGCAAUUGUACGAUUUAAGCAUAUUGCAUUGUUCCUUAUAUUCCGUAUUAUAAAUCUAAAAAUUCUAAUGUUAGCUUUGAGAUGGGGCAAUUGCCCCACCUUGCCCCACUGGGUACCUACAACCGUAUAAUAUAGGCUUAACAAAGUCAUUUUGUUUUUAAUUUUAUAAAUUUUAUUGUUAUUUUAAUUGCAAUGUACAAUAUUUUUUAAUAAUAAAACAAAGGUAUGGUUAGCUACAUAGUAUAUUUUUUUCCCAGAAUUUCCAAGUAUUUCAAAUGACUUUUAAAAGGCAUUAAUUUUUAUUUAAGAAUUGUCAAGUUUCAUUAUAAAAAUGGUUUCGUAACAGCAAUGUUUGAUUUAUGAUUGGUUGUUAUAUUCAGAGAACGAUACGUACACACUUAAUUUAUAAAAUAUUUUUUUUUCUAGCUUAUUAAUACAAGAUGUAACAUUUGUCUGGUUAAAAAAAACCGACUUCAAUUUACACUGACAAGAAAUGAGAAUAUCGGCGUAGCCAAAGUCAAUUAUAUACGCAUUAUUAUUAAUAACUCAAAAACUACUUGUCAGAACUCGCUCAAAUUUAAAAUCUUUCGAAUAAAGA